GUCGUGCUACUAAAAACGCCUGUGUAACUCGAUAGAAGUCUGUUGUGUAAUACACAUGACAGUAAAAUAUACAGCUAUAUGAAUGUUUGAAAUGAUAGAAAACUGACUACGAGAAACACACCAGUGCUGUAAAGUAUAAGUACCAGCAAACAUGAAGCUGAAUAUCGACGGAUUAUUAGUCUGCUUUCCGUAUGACUACAUUUAUCCUGAACAAUACUCGUACAUGCUUGAGCUGAAGAGGACGCUGGAUGCAAAGGGUCAUGGAGUUCUCGAGAUGCCCUCAGGAACAGGAAAAACAAUUUCUCUUCUUUCCCUCAUCGUUGCUUACCAGAAGGCUUACCCUUUAGAAGUCACAAAGCUUAUCUACUGUUCUCGCACUGUGCCUGAGAUAGAGAAGGUUGUGGAGGAACUAAAGAAACUAAUGGAUUAUUAUACAAAGCAAACAGAAGCGAAAAAUGACUUCCUUGCACUGGCACUUUCUUCACGGAAAAAUCUGUGCAUUCAUCCUGAGGUGAGCUCCCUACGGUUUGGAAAAGAAGUAGAUGGAAAGUGUCACAGUCUGACAGCAUCUUAUAUUCGAGCUCAGCAUCACUGUAAUCCAAGUCAACCUGUCUGCCAGUUCUAUGAGGAAUUUGAUGCAGUAGGCAGACAGGUGCUCAUUCCCCCUGGUAUAUAUAACUUGAAUGAUCUGAAGGAUUUUGGGCGUAGAAAAGGCUGGUGUCCGUACUUCUUGGCACGUUCUUCAAUUCUUCAUGCAAACAUUGUAGUGUACAGCUACAAUUACUUACUAGAUCCAAAAAUUGCAGACCUUGUCUCGAAAGAGCUUGCAAAGAAAUCUGUAGUUGUGUUUGACGAGGCUCACAACAUCGAUAAUGUGUGUAUUGAUUCCAUGAGCGUCAACAUUACCAGGAGGACACUGGAUCGCUGCCAGACUAAUGUGGAAACCCUGCAAAACACCAUUAGCAGAAUUAAAGAAACAGAUGCUGCCAAACUCCAAGAAGAAUACAGGAGAUUAGUUGAGGGUCUUACAGAAGCAAAUGUUGCCAGAGAAACUGACAUGUAUCUGUCCAACCCAGUUCUGCCAGAUGAAAUUCUCCAAGAGGCUGUACCUGGCAGCAUCCGCACUGCAGAGCACUUUGUGGGCUUUAUGAAGCGCUUUCUCGAGUACCUGAAGGCACGUUUGCGGAUCCAUCAUGUGGUGCAGGAGAGCACUCCUCAAUUCCUCAAAGACAUCUAUGAGAAGGUCUGCAUUGACCGCAAACCCCUGAGAUUUUGUGCCGAGAGGCUGCGCUCACUGCUGAGGACGCUGGAGAUUGCAGACAUUGCUGACUUCUCAGCCAUUACCCUGAUCUCACACUUUGCCACACUUGUCAGCACCUACAACAAAGGCUUCACCAUCAUCAUUGAGCCCUUUGAAGAUAGAACACCGACAAUAGCAAAUCCUGUUCUUCACUUCAGUUGCAUGGACCCCUCUAUCGCCAUAAAGCCAGUGUUUGGGCGCUUUCAAUCAGUCAUUAUCACAUCAGGGACACUCUCUCCGCUGGACAUCUACCCACGCAUCCUUGAUUUCCGCCCAGUCACUGUGGCAUCUUUCACCAUGACACUGGCACGAACCUGCCUGUGCCCUCUUAUUGUUGGCCGAGGGAAUGAUCAGGUAGCGAUGACCUCCAAGUUUGAGACCAGAGAAGACUUUGCUGUGAUCCGGAACUAUGGAAACCUGCUGCUGGAAAUGUCUGCCAUUGUUCCUGAUGGAAUCGUUGCAUUCUUCACAAGCUACAUUUACAUGGAGAAUAUUGUGGCCUCAUGGUACGAACAGGGGAUCCUAGAGAACAUCCAAAGAAACAAGCUCAUUUUCAUAGAAACCCAGGAUGCAGCUGAGACCAGCAUGGCCCUGAUGCUAAACAAAAACAAAAUAUCUGCUAAUGGGGUCAGAAAUAUAAUCUUAAUUAAGUGUAAACGUUUGUUCAUCAGUUUUUCUUUUCAACCACCAGUUCAUCAUUAUGGUCGUGCCGUUAUCGUGUUUGGAGUGCCAUAUGUUUAUACCCAGAGCCGAAUCCUCAAGGCACGUCUGGAAUACCUCAGAGACCAAUUUCAAAUCCGGGAAAAUGACUUUCUGACGUUUGAUGCGAUGCGCCAUGCGGCUCAGUGUGUGGGCAGAGCCAUUCGAGGCAAAACAGACUACGGCCUGAUGAUCUUUGCAGAUAAGCGUUAUGCACGAGCGGAUAAGCGAGGAAAGCUGCCCCGCUGGAUCCAGGAACACCUUACAGAUGGAAGCCUAAAUCUGACCAUUGAUGAGACUGUGCAGUUAGGCAAGCACUUUCUACGACAGAUGGCCCAGCCCUUCAGACAGGAGGAUCAGUUGGGUCUGUCUCUGCUGACCCUGGAACAACUGCAGUCUGAGGACAUGCUUCAGAAAAUUGCUCAGAUCGCUCAAGCCUGAGGACUCAAAGCGAACAAAAGGAACAAAGUCUGGCAGAUAUGUAUAUAUGUGCAUAUGUGUUUUUUUAAUGAUUCUUUAAUAUGGUGUUUUCUACAACAAUCCCAGAAGCAUUAAACCACUUAAGCUCGGGGCGUUUUUUGGUAUUUUCGCCUAAAUUUAACAUAC